AUGAAGACAGAUUGUGAAGAGGCAGCGUACGAAAAUCAAAAAAAUUACAUGGGGAUGUUGAUAACAGAACCGAUUUCUCCAAGUUCCAGUGACAGAGAAGCCGAUAACCAUUCUGACAGGAGCAAUCCUUAUCAAAUUGGGAGUGAACAUUUGUACAAUCCAUCACCAGGAGAUAAUGCUAGUGGAGACAGGAAUCCGGAAGUUGUUCAAUACGAAGGAUCUGUUUACAGUUUGCAGUUGCCUUACAAUAUCGAACAGCCAGGAAGUGUUCUCACUCUCACUCCAACAGAUAACCAAAGGAUCCAACCAAACCACCUGAGUUCCAGCAGAACAGCUUCAUCAAGCGGCCCUAAAAGAGCUCGAACGGCAUACACAUCAACACAAUUGAUUGAACUGGAGAAAGAGUUCCUCUCUGGCAUGUACCUUUGCCGUCCAAGGAGAAUCCAACUUGCCCAGUCUCUCAACCUCAGCGAACGUCAAAUCAAAAUCUGGUUCCAAAACAGGCGGAUGAAAUUCAAAAAGGAGAAGAAGAACGGCUCCCAUGGUAGAGAUCAAACCUCUCCAGAUUUGUCUACCUCAUCUAACAACUCCACGCCGAGACAAAGAUUAUCAACAGUGAAGUCAGAGGAUUCCGAAAUCGUAGAAAGACUUCUUAACCAUUCUGCUCUGGUUCAAAAUAACCAGUAUAUGCAGGCUCUGCCGAACUAUACUGCUCCUCAGUACAAUGCCCAGUGGGAGAUGCCAGCAGACCGAAUUAUUGGCUAUUCUAAUCAAUAUUUGCCUUCCCAGAGUACAUACGUUGGGCCAAAUUUUGAUGGGUACUAUCCCCAGAUGAACCAUUAUUUUCUAGGAAACUACGACCAGUUCAGUUCCUAUAUUGAUCCUAGUAGAGAAGAUGCGUCAAGAGUAGAACCAGGAAGUAAUUCAAUUGAACAACUGAAUGAGCCUAGAGAUGAUUUCACUUCCAGAAGCUAUAUUAACUGGGACACCUGCCCUUCUUUGGGGAUCGUUGGCAAUACUGAUAGUUUGACACAGUUAUAA